CAAAUUUCCCCAGUUCAUAAUUCACAUCAGUUGUUGAGCCCUUGAUUGACGAGAGAGAGAGAGAAUUAAAGAACAUAUUUUUAAUAUGAUUUCUCUUAAUUUUUCUCUCUUCCAUUGGACCAGCUUUUGAUUAUUUGUGAGACAAAAAACAAAAAUAAACAGAAGAAAUAUAAAACGAGAGGAAAAAGCUGGUAAAUGGGCCAUGACAAUGCACAUUCCACACCCACCCUUUAAUUAUUCCUUUCUUUGAUCUCAGGCUUUCCUUCUUCUUUACUGCAACUCGUACUAUAUUUGUUCACCACAUUGCCCUUUAUCUCCCAAAACCUUCACUUCACUCCCUUCCUCCAAAACCAAAAGUACCUCUUUUGACAGCUUUGUUUGGUUGAUGCUAAACUGGGUAGAGAUACUUACUAUCAGCAAUGGGUUCUGGAAAUUUCUUGAAGACAAUAAUUAAUAGAGUGAAAGAUGAUGGCUCAAAGCAAGUAAAGGAACCUUCUGCUUCUACUAAAUCCAAUGGCUUCAAAUGGAAGAAACACCAGCGGAAGGCAUCCUCUAGAACGAGUUUAAUUAGCAAAAAUCCCAACACUCUUGGCAUGCCAAUUGAAGAUUUAGCAGCGAAACGGAUUCAAACUGCAUUCAGGGCCUAUACAGCUAGAAAACAAUUACGUAGAUUGAAAGGUACCGUAAGGUUACAGGCUCAAACCCUAAAUGUUUCUGUCAGAAAGCAAGCUACAACAACAUUAAAUUAUCUUCACUCAUGGAGUAACAUACAGGCCCAGAUAAGGGCUCGCAGGCUCUGUAUGGUAACAGAAGGCCGUCUCAGACAGAAAAAAAUAGCAAAUCAACUAAAGCUCGAGGCAAAACUACAUGACAUAGAGGUAGAAUGGUCUUGUGGUCCUGACACAAUGGAGAAAAUUCUCACAAAAAUACAUCAUAGAGAAGAAGCAGCAGUUAAACGGGAGCGAACUAUGGCAUAUGCGUUUUCUCACCAAUGGAGGGCCCCCAGCUCUAACUAUAAUGGGAUUGGCAAUUACGAGCUUGCUAAAGCCAAUUGGGGUUGGAGCUGGGUGGAACGCUGGAUUACUGUUCGUCCAUGGGAGAGCCGCCUCCCUACUCAGUCCAUUAUCCCUAAGAAACCACAGAGCAGACAGAUAAACAAGGCUAGUAAAAAUUCGAAUUCACCAAAACCGAAACCAUCCGUAUCAGCGAAAACCCAUAUUUCCAAUGAGAAGGAAACCAUGAAGAUGAAGCCUAGGAGGUUGUCUUACCCUGGUGCUGAGAAACCAGCUGCACGUCAACAAAGCACCAAAGCUGCAGAAGUGAACAAUAAAAAGGGAGUGAUAGCGAUUCAGCAGCAAGCCAAAGACUAGACAUAGAUCAUCCAUUUGGUUUUCAAAAUUCAUGUUGCCACUAAACUUAUCGGCUAUGCAAGUGAGCAAAAUCCUACUUUCUUUUACUUAGGUAUUGAAAAAUUAAUGUAUUUAUAUCUUCUUGGUUUUGUUUCGUUUUUUGUAUAUGAAGUGGUGAGAACUGAAAAAAAUGACAUGC